AUGAGCAAUUACCGCCCCUCGUACUCAAACGGCCGCAACGGCCGGCGAGAUGAUCACCGCAACAAGAGGCCAUACUAUGACGCUCCUCCCCCGCCUCCAUCACAUGCCGCGCCCCCUCCUCCUCCUGGCCCCCCAGGUAGAGACAGCUGGCGCCAUCGCGACAGUGAUCGCGACUACCGAAGAUCUGCCUCCCCUCGGCGCGACAGCUAUCAACCUUCAUAUACCGGGCCCCGAGACAGCAGGCGAUCCGAUGCGUACAAUCAGCGCGACCCGCGUCCGCCCCAGGGCGACUUCAACUUCCGGUUUGACAAGCCCGCUGGCGUCGGCGAGUCCUUCACCGAUUCAUAUCGCCCAGGAGGAGGCGCGCCGCCAAGAAGGAUGGCCCAGCCUCGGGGACGCGGUCGUGGAGGAUAUCGCGGACGCGCCAGAUUCAAUCCUGCCGAGCGUGAACUACUGCGCAAAGACAACAGCGAGGUGCAGGAGAAAUUGGUUGGCGAAGACGAUGGCGCGAAAUAUCGCAACAUUGACGAACUGUCGGACGAUGAAGAGACAGACAUGGACAUAUCGGAUCAGUCUGAUGGCGAUGCCGAUGAACCCUCGAGCAAGCGCAGGCGCCGGGAGCACGGGAACGCGACGGCUGGCGACAGUGCCCCCAAGUGGUCUAACCCUGACGCCGAGACGGCUUUGCCACCGGAAGACGUACAUCGCAAGAAAAAGGACAUGGUCGCCAUGAUCCGGAAGGCGCGCAUGGAGGACCAGGCGGCCAACAAAUUGGCUGCCAGCACCGAGGCUGAGGAUUUCAUUUCAUUCGAUCUGGGCGACGACGAUGAGGGGGAAAUCAAGAUGGAUGGGAGCGCCAGCAACAAUGCUUCUGGAUCCAGUGGGCGUCAACAGCGGCCGCAGCAUUCAACUGAUCCGGCCGAGCAGAAUGGGCGCCUUCCUGCCGACACGUCACUGCCUCCAAAGCCCCCCCUGCCACCAAGUCCAGGUUCUAAACCCCGCUCCAUGGCAUCUGUCCCCGAUAACUCUGACCCCUUGGGCUCGCGCAAGCGCACCUUUGACGACGAGAUCAAGCCUCCUUCCUACGGCGCACUAAAGAAGGUCAACAAAAUGCCUGUCCGCGGCAACGUUGUCCCUGAAUGGGAACCCGUUCGUGAGGAGGACGAUUGUCCCUGGAUUAUUGCGGACCAUUCUCAAACCUCUGACAUGAGUGUUUGGCUUCACAAGGAGAUUGUAGACUUUUACGAGCAUGUGCGCCCUCGCGAUUUUGAGCAGCGUAUGCGAGGCGAGCUGAUUGAACGCAUCCGUGACUCCCUUCGCCGCAAUCCCAAGUACCGCGGCUGCGAAGUUCACCCAUUCGGGUCCUACAUGUCCGGUUUGUACCUGCCCACUGCCGACAUGGACAUUGUUAUCUGUUCAAAGGAAUGGCUCUCCGGCCGCAUGACUGCCUUCCCUGGCGGCAGCUCCUUAUACAAAUUUCGGGGCUUCCUCACACAAAAUCGGCUUGCCGACCCCUCGUCCGUGGAGGUUAUCGCCAAAGCCAGAGUGCCUCUGGUGAAGUACAUUGACGCCGUCACUGGUUUGCGUGUCGAUAUCUCGUUCGACAGAAUGGAUGGUCCUGCUGCUAUCAAGACAUUUCUGGACUGGAAGGAGCAGUACCCCGCUCUGCCCAUCCUCGUCACCAUCAUCAAGCACUUCCUCGCCAUGCGCGGGCUCAAUGAGCCUGUCAACGGCGGCAUCGGCAGUUUCUCCAGCAAGAACCUCGUCCCAGAGCAUCAUCUCGGCGAGAUGCUCAUGGAAUUCUUUGACCUUUAUGGCAACAGGUUCGACUACAAGACCACGGCGAUUCGCAUUAACCCACCUGGUUAUUCAUCCAGAGACCAUAACCUGACGUACAAGAACAGAGACCGCCUGUCGAUCAUCGACCCCAACAAUUCCUCGAAUGACAUUUCUGGCGGCUCGAGCAAUGUGGGAAUCAUCUUCUACGAUUUCCACUCGGCGCACCGCAUGAUCAAGGAGCGCAUGGCCGAGCUUUCCAAGGGAGGUGGCCACGGCACGAACACGGCGAGUAUCCUUGAGACGAUUCUCGCGGGGAAUUACUCGUCAUUCCGCCUGCAGCGUGGUCAUCUGCGACUUCUUCAUGAGAAGCACAUCGGUCCUUGCGACGACUAG